AUGUCGCAGCUUCAAAUUCAAGCAAAAACUUGUAUCGAUGAGGUGGAGGAUGUGUUAGGAUCCUCUAAUAGUCUCUCCACCAAUGAGGUCUAUGAUAGGCUUAGUGCAACAUAUCAACGGUUUCUGCAGCAUGUGUGGUGCGAGCUUCCAAUGAACAACCAAGGUGGAUCGGCCCUUGCAACAGUGUCUUGCAUGCCAAUUUGGGAGCUUUUGAACCUGCACACCAGCAAAUGCGCUCUCUCUUCAGCGCCAGCGAAAGCGAUCGCCGUUCAGCUGCUGAGCUCAAUGUACCCCAAAUCGAAGGACCGCCGGUGCGUGUACCAGCAGCCCAGCUGUUAUGGGAGCAACAGCCAGACUGCGGUGCCACUGAGCAUACAGGUACCAAUUCAAAUGGUUGUGCCCAAGAGUUCCGUCGCUGAACAAAAUGUCGAGUACGUGAAGGCUGCAGAACGUAUCCUAAAAAUGACGACAAUUGGAAAUUACACAGAUGGGAAGGAGGCCGCUGCCGUCACCUCUACAGUACGCACUUUUCUGAUUAAUGUGCUCCCUAAGUGUACCAUUGUCUCUGACCCCAGAGAGCUCCCAAAACAAGCCAGAGGAGAAGUUCACAUUCUUUGGGACAGUCCUACAUGUGAUUGGAUGUCUGGGAAGAUUUUUCUUCUCACACUUUGGUGCCUUCUUAUUAUUACCGAGUUCCUGAACCUUCCGGAAUAUAGAAACCUCUCUUUGUUCCUCUGCAGCUCACGCUGGUCAACGCGCUUGGUUGAGCUUGAUGGAUCUAAGAUAAGUUAUAGCGAGCUUUUAUCCCCUCUUCUGGACAUUUGUUCGCUGUGUCUAUCGGUGAAUCCGCGGUUUGCAUCAUCUUCUGUGGACACAGUGCCACUCAUCGAUCCACGUGUCAAUGCCUUUCUAAAUGGUAGUGACGUCAACGAAGAGCGCUGUGAGAUUGGUGAAUAUUUUGCAAAGGAGUACGGUGACAGGCCGACAAUGGACGGCAAAAAGUCUCUGACACUACACCGCGCAGACUACGUAAAUAAACAGCUAAUUGAGGAUAUCCCAAACGAAAUUGACUUUAUGGGCGCCAGUUCCUCUUGUCGCGAUUUCGACCAGCUGGCAUAUCUGUGCCGAGAUUGUCUUUUUGUGCCAACCACAGACACUUUAGUAAGUGGGAUUUCUGCCACAAAGCGCCGUGAUAUACUGUUUAACAGGAAAAGGAUGCGAGGUGCCGUAAGCUCGGAUGGGCCGUGCUUUAUUCCUGUAAAGUCUGCCGUGACUGACAUGCUAGAAAAAAAUGACACUGACGCCUUAGUGACACUAGAAAGGUUGUGCUGUAAGUGGAGAGAAGAUAUAGUAUGA